AUGUCCCCCACAGAAGACGACGACUUCAUCCUAGUCUCCCACGCGGACACCCACCCAUACCCCUUCACGGGGCCCUCCUCUCCGGAGUACCUGGACGAGAUCUCCGCCAUCGUCGCGGACCUCGCCGAGAGCCUCUGGCCCGUCAACAAGAAGAUCCACGACAACCCGGAGCUCGGCUACCGCGAGUUCAUUGCUCACGAAACGCUCACAACCUUCAUGCGGGCUCAGCCUGGCUGGAAGGUCACGCCCUCGGCGUACGGCAUGGAGACGGCGUGGGUCGCCGUGUGGGAUAGCGGGAAGAAGGGGCCUGUGGUCUCGUUCAACGCCGAGAUGGACUGCCUCCCUGGCAUCGGUCACGCCUGCGGCCACAACCUCAUCGCAACAGCCUCUCUCACGGGCGCCCUCGCCACCGCGAUCCUCCUCUCGCGCCACCGUCUCCCCGGUAAGGUCGUCCUGUUCGGCACCCCCGCCGAAGAAGGCGGCGGCGGCAAGAUUCGCCUCCUCAAAGCCGGCGCCUACGCCCAGCACGCCGUCGACCUCAACCUCAUCUCCCACCCGGGCAUCGUCGCCGACACGUCACUGAUGCGCACCUCGGCCUACUCGUCCUUCCGCGUCGAAUUCUUCGGUCUCGAGGCCCACGCCGCCGCGAACCCCUGGCUCGGCAUCAACGCCCUCGACGCCCUCAUCACAUCGUACAACGCCAUCUCUGUGCUGCGUCAGCAGACGAUGCCGGGCGACGUCAUACAGGGCAACAUUACCCACGGCGGGACGCGGCCGAAUAUUAUCCACGCCUAUGCGGCGGGGCUGUUCGUCGUGCGCGCCAACACGCAGGCCCGCCUCAAGGAGCUCAAAGCAAAAGUAGAGAAGUGCUUCGCCGCGGGCGCCGAGGCCACCGGCGCGAAGCUGCAGAUCACGCAGACUGGGAGUUACAUGGACCACGUGCCCAACCGCGUCCUGGGGCGCUCUUACACGCGGUACUUCAACGCGCUCACGUCCCCCGGCGAGAGCGGAAUCCCCCUGGACGAGGACAUUGAUGAGAUCCGCGGGCGGUCGAUGGCGAGCACGGAUCAGGGGGACGUGAGCUACGCAAUGCCGAGCUUGAGCGUAGGGUUCGCGAUCCCGGCGGGAAAGACGGGGCAGGGGCCGCAUAACCCCGAGUUCGCGGAGGCGGCGGGGACGAGGGUGGCGUUCGAGAGGUGUCUGAGGGUGGGUAAGGGGUUGGCCGGGGUGGCGAUGGAUGUCUUUACUAAGGAGGGCAUGUUGAAGGAGGUUAAGAGGGCUUGGAGGAAGGAUAUGGGGAAAUAA